AGGUUCGAUCACCAGGAUUGUAUUAGCAAGGAGAUCAAAGAGAAACAACCAUUUCCUCCACAGUUGAAGUUUUCGGAUUACACAUGGGUCUUGAUUACAGCUAUUCACAACCUUCACAGGAUGAGACGUUUGGUGGGGCUGAGUCAGACAGUGACUACAACGAAGUCGAAUCUCUCAUUCAGCAAGACCAAGCACAUGCGUUUGUGUACCCUCCACAGCCGGAGGUUGAAUUCGGAUUUCCACAAAUAUGCUACUGUGGGAGUGAACCGAAGAUAGCUACGUCUAGCAUCGAACCAGGUCGCAGAUACUACACAUGUACAAAUGCAAACGAUGGAGAGUGUCAUGUGUGGAAAUGGUGGGACGAGGCUGUAAUGGAGGAGAUGCGAGCCAGGGAUAGACACACAUUUCAGUUAGCCGAGAAGGUAGAUUCUCUGACCUUCUUCAAUGACCAUGCUACUGAGCAGAAGCUCGUUAGAUUAGAGAACAUGGUGUGUGAGUUGGCCAAGAAUAAAUCAAAGUCUAGCUUAGAUUACUUCGUUGCGGUUAUGGUUAUGGUCUUAAUUUUCAUAGGUGUCAUCCUCGUAUUUCUCUAA